AUGCCCCACCCGCCCUCCGGCAAUCGCCGCCGUUCCAGGCCAGAGAGCCCCCGCACACCAUCCUUGGGCUCUCCCGUCGCCUCUGUUUUCUUUUCUUCAAACAGAAAGAGCUCAGACAGCUGGAACUCUAUAGCUGACGACGACUCGGAGGCUUCAUGGUCCCACGACCAAUUAAUAUUGCUUUCAAGGACAUUGGACGCCGUUCCCCAAAACGUUCUUACGCCCUAUACGGGCGCAGUCCCUCCUUCAAACCUUCUUGACAAACUCGCGCGAGGCAUCGUUCAGGCCAAAGGUCCUAACGAGUGGCCCCACUCCGUCCGCCAAACACGACAGAAGCUCGUAGAGCUCGCUCGCGGAACGACGGUCGUCCCAGCCACGAUCGACGAGAACGUAGAGUCGACGACCGCAAGCUUGCGCGACUCGACGAAUAUACAAAUGUCCCCCACUCGUUCUCGGAAACGCCCCCUCGCGCGUGCUUCCAGCAUGGACUUUAUCCAGGCCGCCAAUCUGGACAGCCAAGUCGACGCCUUUUCCAAGGCCUCUGGACGAUUGCAGGAACACAACUCUAUCUUCCCAACACCCUCCCAUCACCAUCCGCUCUCGCCGUCAACCCCAUCAUCUACAACGCUUCGGUCCAAUGGCACCUCCAACACCCGUUACUCCCGUCCCACGUCGCAGUCUUCUUCCAUCAAGACCCUGUCCUCGAUGUCUUCCACUUCAUCCUAUUCGUGCUUGCCGCCCGUUCCCAGAGGCUUCCCGCGCCGUUCCCCUCUCAAGCGCAUGUCUUCCUACUCCGCUAUGGCACCUCGCCGGGAUUCGAUUUCCGAGGAUGAAGAGGAAGUUGCACGGGCUGCCAACGCAAAGAAGGCCCGUCCGACACCGAAGCGCCCCAUGAACGCCCGCCGAAAUCCGUCCAUCCUCGGCCCGGAGUUGCCGAUGCCCACCAGUCCUAGCAAGGCUACCCCGGUCAACACGGAUACGGCAGACGCGCGCACACCGCCCCGCCGCUCGCGGGCACGGCCUGCGCCCCUCAAUAAUCCACACCCGCACUUGCGUGUGUCGAUCCCCACGCUCGAGCCGAGCCCCGCCAUCACUGCCCGUCCUUUGCGUCGCACGCCCCGGCGUAUCAGUUUCAACGCUGCGCGUCCCGCAGAGGACUCUUUACUCGAAGGAGCCAUCGCUCUACAUGGCGUCGCCGGGCUAGAGAGCGCUUUCGAGCUGCGCUAG